AUGAUAGUUAAAUUUGCACCGCUGUGGCUGACUUUGGUGCAUGUUGGCAAACAACGUCUCCCAGCUCAGAACGGCCAUGUAAAGACCCCAAACUGCACACAGCGCUUCUUUAUCCGCACCAGUGUUUUCAGAAGGUUCAAAAUAAAAUCGACAAAAAAGAAGCUCUCAAGAUUUCAAAGCUUCAAACAAAUCCACAAAAACGAGUAUUUGUCCCUCUUUGUAAGCAGAACGACACAUGCACGGCAGGCAAGUAAUCUAUGUCCAAGCAGAAAGAUAAAAGUACCUAUUUGCGACGAAGACGAAAAAGUGGAAAAGUUUGUUAUUAAAACCACUAUGCCCAAUGUUUGCAAAAGUGAGCAAUUUUGUGAACAGAUCUUGAAAGUAGCAACCUAUACUUCAAAAGUUUUGUACUUGGGAUCUCUGUUUGUCAACUAUCUGUUCAUCAAGUUGUUUGAAAUCAAAGAUGCUGAUGUUUUUGUUAUUGAGCAAACUCUGUUCACAAAUAUCUUUGCCGUGAUAACCGGAAAUGGUAAGAAGGCACCGGACGACAUCAAAGAACAUUUCAAGACCUUCUGUGACCUGACGACUUUGGACCCGCAGCUGCUAAAAAAUUUACAGGGACCAAGCCCCUCAUGGCCUGCCUCUCUCUCUAGAAGUGAUGCUCUGGACAAGAUAGUCGCCAAUUUCACUGCCAUAUGGGAAAAGUAUCAGCCAAGUGAUUGCGACUUAAAAACACUGUAUUCUAAGCCGCACUUAUUCUUCAAGUGGUUCAACUUUCUCUCUAAGGAGGUCCAAAAGAAGGUUUUUAUUAUGGAGCCACAAGCAGCAAAAGUUGCAUCAAAGGCUUACAUUCUCCGAAAACUUCUCGAAAUUCCAUUUGCUGCUACGUUGAAUAGGCAGAAGUUUAGUUCUCUGCUUGAGCAAAUAUUAGCAGCAGUCAAUUCAGAUAAGCCUUUUCUUCCGGGGAACAACCACAGAACCUCGCGUCACAACAGAUAUCCGUGA